AUUUAUGGUAACAUUUGCUUAAAAUGUCACCACGUCUCAAAAUAUCGAGUUAUGUUAUUGAGCGGUUGUCUAAAAUAGACACAAAUGAGAGCACAGGAUGCGUGUACGGGCUGAUGUACGAUGGCACUCUCCUCGUCGUAGGCUUGAGUUUAGAAUUGUUUGAGAAUGAAAAGAAUACGUACAGUCAACUCCUGCUCAACCUACCCGCCGAGAUAGAGUUAUGCGGCGUUAUAAAGUUUGGCGAGACUUUAACGAUGGACAAUAAUAUCAAAGAAAUUCUGCAGGAUGUAGAUAUAACGGAUAAUCCCCUUGUGAUCAUAAUAAAUGAGAGGAAGGAUAUGAAAGCGCAUUUCCUAGUGCAUGAUAAGUUUGAAGAGACUCCGUAUGAGGUCCUGGCUGCCGAAGAUUUAUGGAAACAAUUCCUUCAUGUCCGACUGAGCACAGUUCUACCAUUAAGCUGUGAAGCCACAAUCGCUGGUGUAAAAAAUAUCAUGCAGAAUAAAAGGAAAAAAAUUGCUUCAGGGCAAGUAUCAUUUCACAUUGAUGGUACAUCGGUGUAUUUGUUUGGAGUAGCAUCAGACGUAGGAUUGACUGGUACAAGUACAGAAGCCACUAUCGGAGAACUUGUGGAUUCCAUGAGCCCAGAACAACCUACCAAGAAGAAGAAGCAUAACACAAACAGUGUAGAAAUAGUACCUGUUAAUUUAGUUAUGAAAACAACAAAAGAUAUCUUAUCUGAUAAACUUGUAAAGACUGCUGUGAAAAUGAUGACAACGCAGAGGAAACCUGCCUAUUGCAUCAGCAUGCCUCUCAGAGUAGACACGUUGGCUAUGACACACCGCAACACUAAAUUACUGGAUUUGUACACGGUAUUAGUAGAAGCGGCCUGUCGCUCGCUCAGACUGUUGGAAAAUGUGUUACUAGAGCAACUAGGUCAAGAAGGCAUUGGCGAUGGAGCUGGACUCCGUUUACCAGAAACCUUCCACUAUAUGCCACAAGAAAUUGGCCACUUCAUCACUAAAAUAGUACCCAAAGGGAUUCCAGAUGAGAGCAUGGAAAAGGAACGGAGAAUGCUGCAUGAGCAAUUAGCUUUGCCUUUUGACAGACCUAUAUUUCGUCGAGGCAAUGCGUUCACGAAUAAAACUGGUGGGAAGUUGCUAAACCCCCACGAAGCCAUUCCAGUCUCGGUUAUGAAGAGUGAUGCUAUAGUAGCGUUGGUUCGCGGAAGAUAUACGUACCAUCACUACAUGCAAGACAAUUUUAAUGACGAUGGAUGGGGUUGCGCGUAUCGUUCGAUGCAAACUAUAUUCUCGUGGUUUAGGUACCAGGGAUACACUAGUGUAGACAUUCCAACUCACAGAGAAAUUCAACAGUGCCUUGUUAAAAUUGGAGACAAACCGUCUUCAUUCUUAGGAUCUAAACAAUGGAUAGGAUCUACAGAAGUUAUGUUCUGCUUAGAAACUCUCCUUGGAGUACAGUCACGGAUCAUAUUUGCUAAUAAUGGGGCUGAGCUUCAAAGCUAUGGACACGAAUUAGUUCAUCAUUUCCAAAAACAUGGCAGCCCAAUUAUGAUAGGAGGAGGAGUUCUAGCCCACACAAUCCUCGGCGUCGAGUACAAUGCGACGAGCAACGAGAUCCGCUACCUUAUCCUGGAUCCCCACUACACUGGCGCAGAGGACCUCACCACAGUCAUCAACAAGGGCUGGUGCGGCUGGAAAACUUCAGACUUCUGGAAUAAAACUGCUCAUUAUAACCUGUGCCUGCCUCAGACGAAACCUGGCAUUUAAUAUCAGCUUCAGUUUAUCUAUAUUUUUAUUUAUAUUGGAAAAAACAAUCAGGUAUGUCGCAGAAUUUACAUCUUAAUUAGGCACAUUCACAACAAAGGCAAUCCAGGCAAUGCGCAAUUAGUGUUCCCGAUGUAUCCUCUACCCUACGCCAUUUAUAUUUAUAGUAAUAUAAAUGUAUAUGUAUAUCUAUAAUUCGAGUAAUAUUAUGAGCUGUGAUAAUUGGCAUUUAAAGGCCUUCUUUCCGCGUGGUUGCAUUUGAGUUUUCAGAAUUAUGCUUUUAUCAUACUUUUAAGUUUGGUUGUAAAUGUUUUAAGUGGAUUUUUAGGAUAUUGUGAUGGUCUGGGAUAUUAUGAACUAGUUUGUACGACUUCUUCAUUCUUCGCUCAUAUUCACUCGUCUGUUAUAGUCUGCGCGCAAGUUCUAGUGCCGCCUGAGGUAUGUGAGGCACUGAUGUGCGGACUGAGUCACCUUGAUACUCAGUCCGCCAAUCAGUCAAUCGCGCUCUCUUAGUAUUACCGCUCACAUACCUCACGCGACGAUAAGAACUUCCGCGCAGCCUAGAACUUAACGAGUCAAUCAAUUAAGGAGUAAACACUGAGUUCGUAAAAGUUUGUGUUGAUUAAGAUGCCAUUGCCUUAUUACGCUUUUGUUUGUACAUGUAAAUACUAUUGAAGCUAUUUUAAUGCUGGACAGGUGUAUGUGUUUAUAUUAUAAUACUGUUGUGAAUGUAACAUCACAAUUGUUGUAACAGCACUAAUAUCAUUUAUUUCGUGAGUAAUUCUUUCAUUGGUUUAGGCACUUCCUAUUGUGACUAAAUAGCAGAAGCAUUAAAUGGAAUUGUUAUAUUUUGUACAAGUGAAUUAUAAUUCCAGUAAAUAUUA